AUGGCGACCAAGAACCAUACAGUUAUUAGUGGUUUUAUUCUCCUGGGGUUUACCAGGGAUCCAGCGACAAACAUUGAACUAUUUGUGUUAUUUUUUAUGAUCUACGUUGUAACCGUUGCUGGGAAUGGCCUUAUAAUGUGCAUGGUCUUCAUCAAUCCACAAUUACACAAACCAAUGUAUUUCUUCCUCUGCAUGUUGUCCAUUCUGGACAUGUGUUACUCAUCUACUGCUGUGCCCAGGCUAUUAGGAGACCUCAUUUCUGCUGAUAGGUCAAUCUCCUAUGGAGCUUGUGCCGUGCAAAUCUACGUCAUUCUCCUUGUGGAAGGAUCUGAGUGUCUUCUCCUUGCCCUCAUGGCUUACGAUCGGUAUGUUGCAAUAUGCCAACCACUCUAUUACUCUGUUCUCAUGCGUUGGAGUGUUUGUUAUAAGCUGGCGGCAGUGAUUUUGAUUGCUAGCUUUACGAUGUGUGUUUUCCCAUCAUUUUUCAUGCAGGUUACUCUAUGCGGUGACCAGAUCAACCACUUCAUGUGUGAGUUGCUGGCUAUACUAAAGCUAUCAUGCAUGGACAUUUCAUCCAAUGAACUUUUAAUAUUUUCCAUCAGCUUUCUUUCUCUUCUCCUCCCCCUUGUGCUCAUCAUAGUGUCAUAUGGUUGUAUUAUAGCAUCAGUAUUAAAGAUCCGCACCGCAGGAAGGUCUAAGGCUUUCUCCACCUGCACGUCCCAUCUAGCUGUGGUGGCUCUCUACUUUGGGACCGUGAUGCUUAUGUACUUUGGGCCAUCAUCUCAAUACUCCACAAAUCAGGAGAAGUAUAGCUCCAUAUUUUAUGUUAUAUUGUCUACGAUGCUGAACCCCCUGAUCUACAGUCUGAAUAACCGGGAGGUGAAAGAUACAUUUAGGAAACAGGUGUCAAAACUGAAUCAUUUUAUUUUCUCUAAUGUUUUAACUUUUAAGACAAAAUGA